GAAAGGAGAGAAAAUUCCCGAAGAUGUCUGAGAGAAAAGUUUUAAAUAAAUACUACCCACCAGAGUUUGAUCCUGCGAAGAUCCCUAAACUCAAGCUAGCCAAGGAGAGGCAAUACACUGUCCGUAUCAUGGCACCUUUCAACAUGCAAUGUAAGGUGUGCAACGAGUACAUCUACAAGGGGAAGAAGUUCAACGCCAAGACAGAGAAUGUCCACAAUGAGAACUACCUGGGACUGCGCAUCUAUCGCUUCUACAUCAGAUGUCCUAGGUGCAUCUCAGAAGUUGUCUUCAAGACGGAUCCCCAACAAACCGACUACACCUUAGAACAAGGAGCUAUCAGAUUGUUUGAAGCGGCCAAGCUCUAUCAAGCAGCUGAGGAGAAGGAGAAGAAGCAAGCAGAGGAAGAUGCCACAAACCCCAUGAAGGUGCUGGAGAACCGAACCAAGGACUCUAAGCUAGAGAUGGAGGUGAUGGAGAAUCUUGAGGAGCUGAGGGAGCUCAACAUGAGACAGGGUACUAUCAACUAUGAGGAGAUCCUCAAACAAGGCGCAGAGCAAGAAGCACUUGGGCUGAAACAACAGGAGGAGGACGAUGAAGAGGAGAUAAGGAGACUCUUUGGCAAGGGAGGAGACGGUAUCAUAAUCAAGAGACUAGACGAUGAUGAUGAUGCCGAAGAUGAUGAAUCUCCUAGCAUCUCCAAACCUUCUCCAUCCUCUACGACAUUUAAAAGGCCUACUGAUAUUCUGACAGAUGAAGUCGGUGGACCAUCAGGAGCCAAGAAACAGAAGCUAGCAGACACCUCCUCAAGGUCAUCUACAAAGUCAUCCACAAAGUCAUCCUCAAGGUCAUUCCUCUCGGGUCUAGUCAAGGUCAAGAAGAGCGAUAGCAGCAGCAGCAAACAGGAUCAAGACAAUGUAACAUCAUCAACAGAAACUAGUCCAAGUCAGACCACAAAACUAGUUGAAACUAAAUCUGAUACUGCAACAGAUGCAGCAACAUUGACCACAAAAGCAGUUGAGGCUGAAUCGGAUACUGCAACGGAUGCAGCACUGUUGACCACAAAACAAGUUGAGGCUGAAUCCCAUACUGCGACAGAUGCAGCACCAUUGUCAAUAGGUGGGAAUGGAGAAAUUGAGAAGAGAACUGAUUCAGCAGCAGAGAGUGACCAAAAUAGUGAAUCACAUAGUGAGAACUCGGAUGGUAAUAACACUACAGCAAAGAAGGAGGAGGAGGAGGAGAAGGAGAAAGAAGAGAAGGAGAAGGAAAAGAAGAAGGAGAAGACGGAGGAGGAGAAGCAAGAGGAGGCUGAGGCUUCGUUUGCGAGUAGCAUACAAGAAGGACUUAAGAAGCAGAAGGUUGCAUCGCAGAAGGUCGCGAAAGAGAAAUCAAGUGGACUGAGUCUGCUAGGGGGCUAUGACUUCAGUGAUAGUGAUAUCAGUGACUCCUCAUCAGAUUCAUGAACCAGCUUCUCUUCUUUUUCUUUUUUUUUUUGGGGGGGGGGGGAUACAAUAAGUUCUUGAUAGAAACGUGUAUGCAACCCUGUACAUGUUCCUGUAUGCAUUAUAAAUCAUUUGAUCACAUAUUCACAUUGACCGAUCGCCUAUUGUGUUUAUUCAUUUUUCAGUGAAACCAGCCGCCUGUGAACACUAAUGAAGUACACAGGACAAGCUGCUUCUAAAGCUACCUCACACAAAAACAAGGGUAAAUCUUGGAGAUUGUGCUUUCAGUUGUGCCGCUCCAAAGCUUUAGAAUAACUCCUACUAGACAUAAAAACAAGCCUCAUCUGGUGCUCUCUUCAAAGUUUUGUUGAAGACGCACUUGUUUGCAGGAGCUUUAAAAUAGAUUCUAUUUUGCUAUUGUGUGUCUGUAAAGUAGCACUGUUAGCAGUUAUUUUUCUUCAUCAUAUCAGUAGAGUAUAUUUAAUAAUAGCUGCGCUCUAUAAAUUGAUCAAAUUAUUAUUAUUAUUAGCAAAUCAUAGGGCAAUUAGCUAUGAAAGAAAGGAGGCUGCGUUAACUUUUUCAGAAUAGUUUCUAGUCUUAAUCAGAGCCAUCUAUACACAGAGUUUGGCCAACUUGAUUUCAGUUGGUCACAACGUGGCGUACAUUCUGUUUUUUUGUACUUUCCCAACGAAAGCAGUAUUCACCGUACUGUGCCCAACUCAAAACAGAUUGGCCAACUCUUCUAAGCAAUGGCACUGGGGUGGUGUCCUGAAAACCAUGUCAUCUGUUUUGAUAGCAAAGUAAUGUUGAUUGUCAUAAGAAAUCGCAAGUAGGCCAAGUCAUGGUUACUAUUUUUUGCAAACUGGCUGCAUACCAUACGCCUGUAGGCAUCUGCGGGAGCAAAGAUGAAAUAUGUCUAUUCUGCACAAUUUCACUUUGUUAUGACAAUGAACAUACUUUUUACUACCGUAAAGAUAACAUUGUUUUCAGAAUACUACCCAAACUCUAAAUCACUGGACAUACAAGUAGAUGACACAACAUGUUUCUGCAUGUGCAUUGAAGAAAAAAAGUA